AUGCUUUACUAAAUAUUGAUAAUUUUUUUAAUCCAAUGGUGUUGUUAGGCUGGAAAUUUUUGUAGUUUAUAUCCUUAUGACUCAAUUUCAUGUGUCUAAAAGAUAUAAGACACAUAAUGUUAAUAUAAUUAUGAUGAAAACAAAUGUAUAGAAUUCUUGUAGUCUGAUUACGGUUGUAGGAAUAAUUUAAACAGAAAAGCCUGCAUUGGACAACAGACAGAUUAAUAAAAAGUUGAAGCAAGAUGUAAGUUAGAAGUGAUAAGUCUAGGUUUAUUUAUUGAAAAAUGUAUCUAAGUAACAAAUUUACAAUUGAAAACUCUAGGAUGUAAUCUUAAUUUCUCCAAGUUCUCUUGCCUUAAUGUAUUAAAUUAAGAUUGUAUGUGGUAAGAAUACUGCUAAGAAUUCAAUCCAAAUAAUGUGAAUUAGUUAUACUCUAGUUGUGAAUAAUAUUAUAAUGAUGCUGUAUCUCCUAGAAUGUGUGCAAGAAUAGAAAAAUUUCAAUGUUUUCAUGGGGGAAUUUAAUAGGAUUAUCAUUGCAUAACAUUAUUAGAAAAUGAGCUUUCAGAAAUUUAAUGCUCUCAUUAAGGCUUAAAUAAAAACGGAUGCAUUUCUAUUACCACUAAGGAUCAAACUUGUAUUUAUAAUUCAUAACAGAAGUGCAAAUUUACAGAUGUAAGUUUAUUGGACUCCUGCGAUAACAUUCUGAACAAGCAUGCCUGCCUUUCUUCUAAAAUCAAUAAUCUAUAAUGUGAAUGGACAGUUGAAGGUUGUAGAAUAUUUUAAAAUGACAACCAAGAAUGCAAUUAAAUAGUGAAUGUGAAUUAUUUAGUAUGUGAAAAUUAUGAUGGUAUCUGCUCAUAUAAUAUUGAAACUUAAAGUUGUGAGGAAGUAACUCAAUCUUAAUUAAAUAAUUUAUCUUGCUCUGAAAUUGGAUUAAGUAAAAAGGCAUGUCUACUUAUAAAAAAUACUAAUUGCACUUUUUAUAGAGGGUUUUGUGAGAAUUUAUCAGAAGAAGAUUUAAAUACAUUUGGUUGUGAUAUGUUAUUAAAUGAAGAGGCUUGUAUUAAUAUAAAAACAUAAUUUUAAUAUUGUUAAUGGGAUGGAAUCAAUUGUUAAAGAAUUUUUUUAAAUUAAGUAGUAAAUUGCGAAAUUAAAGAUAAUCACAAGUUUAAAUAUAAUGGACUCUAUUGUCAAAAUAUAUCAAAUAAUAAUGCAGCUUGUAAAUAUGAUGAUAUUUCAAAACAAUGUGUUCCAAGCUCUCCAGAAGAUGAUUGUAAUUCCAGGUAUUUAAAUUUUCUUGGUUGCUUAAAUAUAACAAAAUAUAAAUAAACUUGUUAAUGGACAAUUAAUGGAUGCAUAUAUAUAGUCAUUUUGCCAUAUAAAACAACUUGCGAAAGCUUAGGCAAUGCAAAUCCUAAUUCCUGUUCUCAAGUAAUAGAAAACGAAGUAUCUGGGUGUUAUUAUAAUAAAUCAAAUCAAAGAUGUUAGAAAGUAGAUUAAUUAUAAACUUAAGUUUAAUUGCUAAUUUCAUUGGAUUGUGAAAACAAAUUAUUAGGAUUAAAUAGAAUACUUUGUGCUAGUAUAAUCAAACCAUAGACGGCCUGUAGGUGGUAUUAAAAUGAAUGCGUUAAGAUUUUUAAUCCUAAAGAGCUUUCAGAUGUUUCUUGUUAAGAAAUGAUAUAUUCAAAUUCUAAGAGUUGUGCUAUGAUUUAAUUUAAAUCAGAACCUUGUAGAUUUGAAAAUGCUGCUAAGGGAUGCGUCAAUUCUGUUAAAUAAAUAAUGAAAUGUGAUACAUCUGGUUUGAAUGCAUUUGCUUGUGCUUAAUUAGAAGAUUAAUGUUACUUUAAUCAGGCUACUAUAGAAUGCCAGCUCUUCAAAUCUUAAAUUCCUUCCUAAAAUUCUUCUUAAGAGUCUGAGUCGAAUAAUAAUCAAAUAUCGAUUAACAGUUUGGACGAUAUAGAAUGUGAUAAAAGUUCUCCUACUGAAAAGAUAUGUAAAUAAAUAUCAAAACCAGGAUAAUUAUGUGGAUGGAAAGAAACAUUAGAUAAAUGUGGACAAAUCAUUGUGAAUAUGAAUUAAAAAUGCACAGAAUUUAAAAACGUUAAUAGUAAUGUAUGCGCAUCUGUAAUCAUGGAAAAUCCAGAUUAUAUACCUAGUAAUGAAAAAUAAAAAGUUGGCUAUUGUAAAUAUAACUCAAAUAAUUUUUCUUGUGAUCUCUUAGAUGGUAACGAACUUUGUGAAACAAAUUGUUGUACUGAAGGUAGAUUUAAUGGAAUAAAUUAACAUUCAUGCAGUUUUUUAACCAAGAAUUCUAGUAGUUAUUGCUACUUCGAUAAUUAUAGGUGUAAAGAAUUGACAUAAAAUUAAGUUGAUAUAAAAAAUGAAGAAGCUGUUAAACAAUUUUAUAAUGCUAAUGAGGUUGAUGGAUUUAAGUGUUCAUAAAUGGGUAAAAAUUCAUGUCAUAUGAUUGAAUGGUCGACUUCUUAAAGAUGUUAUUUUAAUGGAUUUUCAUGCGUUAACAUCAACUUUGAAAACUAUAAGAAUUAUAAAAUUUUUACAGAAGCUCCUUCUAUUUUAAAUCGUUUUGCUUGUUUGGCAAUUGAAGCAUCCUUAACUAUUUUCAACAUUGAAAAAUAUUUUGAAUACGAUCCUUAAAAUCAUCGUUGUAUUAGUAGGAAUUAUUAAACUUCACCUCCAUAUUAUGCACGAUGUGAGGAUGUUCAAGGCAAUUCUAAUAUAUGCUUAAGAUUUACCGAAAAUAAUUAUUGUAAAUGGGAUAAAAAGCUAUUAAAAUGUGUCACAAUCUCAUUAGAUGAAUUUGCAGAUAUAACUACUUGCGAUCAGAAUUAAAAUAUUAAAGCAUGUAAAGAAAAUAUUUACUCUUCUUGUUUUUUUUCUUUUGAUUUAGAUAGAUGCAUAACUGCUUAUACUUAUGUUCCAUGUAACUAUUUUGAUUCUAAAGGGUAUGUAUCAUAAAAGUCGUGCUCAUAAAUUGACCUUCCUAAUUAAUAAUGUGAAUGGUAAAAUUAUAAAUGCAUUUUGACAAAUAAAAGUUCAAAUAAAUGUGAUGUAAUCGGAACUAAUAAAUAUACUUGCUAUAAAAAUACAUAGGGAAAUUGUAGAUGGAGUAUUGAAAACUCAACAUGUUAUGAAAUAGGGUCAUUAAAAUAAAUAGUUGAAUUAGGAUGCAAUGAUAAUUUAAAUUAUGUUCUAUGUAAGUAAGUAACUAAGGAACCUUGCAUGUGGGAUGAUUCAUUAUAUGAAUGUGUUACCUUUAAUUAAACUCCUUAUAGCGAUUUCAGAGAUUUAAAUAAAAAUAAUUUGUUUAAUCCAUUAUCUUGUCUAUAGAUAACAGGAGCUGGAUAUACAUAUGAUGAUAAGAAAAAUAAGUGUAUAUUUAUUGAAAAUUCAAAUAAUCAAAACUCCUGUUUUUAGAUGAUAAAUUAAUAUGCUUGCUUAUAUUUGACAAGAGGAUAUAAUUGUGUAUAUGAUACUACUAAAAUGCCUCCAUGUUAAUUUUUCACAGAUGAUUAAUCAGUAUGUACAACUUCCAAUCUUAUAAAUAUUGAAGUUUGCAUGAAUAUUUCUAAAUAAUGUUACUUUUCUAAAUCCAAAUUAUAAUGUUUAGUUGCAGAUAUUCCUCAGUCUUAAACGUGCUCUUCUUUAGGUGCCUAAUUAUAUAAUGGAAAUCAUUAUAAUAAAUUAUCUUGCUCUUCCAUUGAUGAAUCAAUAAAAUAGACUUAUUCUGAAGAUAAAUGUUUUGGGAGUGAAGAUAAAAAGUAAAAGUGUAAUUAUGAAAAUAAAUGUGAAUGGCAUAAUCAAAUUUAUGGGUGUUAAGUCAAAAUUUUAAAUGUAUUAUUUUUUGAUAAAGAAAAUACCGAAAAAAGUUCAGUUUAUGAAUACAGGUAUUAAAUAGAUAAUUGUACAAAUUACUGCAAUUAAUUCGUAAAAACCCCAGAAGUAUAUUCCAAAACAAAUAAGAUAAUAUUUCCAGGAACUUCUGCUCCUUUACAAUGUGGCUUAAAUAAAACAUGUGAUUAUUAAGAUAAACUUUGUUAAACAGAUUCUGAUUGUCCAACCAUUUACAAAGAUCCAAUUAAAAUAAAUGAUGAUGGCACGUUGUAUUUAGGUAUUAAGUAAAAUUAAUUAUGCUCAAAACGAUGUUAAAAAAACGGUGAUAUGAUCUGCAAUCAAUAAAGUGACUAAAAUCCAUAAGAAAUUAUUAGUGAUGCUCUAAUUGGUCAUUAAUCUUGCCAAGGGAGAUGCAAUAAUUCAGGAUAUUCCUCAUGCUAUGAAAGUUUUGAAUGUGGGUAUACUUCUGUUACUGAUUAUAUUACCUUUCAAACCAGCUAUUAUUAAAAUAUAUGUCAGAAUAAAGAAUGUACUUACAGUCAAGUCUCCUGCAGUAAUGAUUAGUGUCCUGAUUAUGUUUCCAAAAGUUGGACUCUAAAAUUUGCUUAAUGUUUCGAGAAAACUAUUUAUAAAGUAGUUCCUAUUUGUAAAGGAUUUGGUUAUAUUGAAUUAAGAUGCAAAAAUACUUUCUCAAAAUCACUUUGUUUAUAUGGCGUUUUAGAAGAAUGUUUCUUUGAUUUAAAUUAAGGAGGAUGUUAAUAAUUAAAAGGAAAUGAAAAUAAAAUACCUAAUUGUUCAUCAAUUUCUAGCAGAUGUAAACCUACUCAAAAUGCUUUGUAAUGUGAUCCAAAAAAGCAAAUUUGUAAAAGUAGCACAGAAUGCUAACCUAACAGUUUCUUAAAUUCUUGUUUAAGCAGUUCUAAUUAAAAAGUAAUUUGUAAAGCUGGAUAAAUGAAAAUAUUACCGACCUAAAGUUAAUGCUUCUCUUUAUAAAGACCAAUUUAGAUAUGUGAACCUGUGACUCUGACUGAAGAUAUAUAUUGUGAUGCUAUUACUUAAGAUAUUUCUCCUGCUUAUUGUGCAUUAGCAAGAGAUCCAUGUCGCUUUGAGUUAAAUCGUUGUGUUAGUACUAUAAAGAAAAAUUAAUACAAUUAAUGUAUUUGUGAUUCAAGUUUUAGUAAAUCGCUUUGUGAAGAAUGCAAUUGUGUAUUUGAUUUUGUUGGAUAUUGCCAAUAAUAUCCACUUGCUCCAUAACUAAGACCUGAUGCAUCAAACAAAUAUUAUUUAUGUCAUGAAGUUAAUCAAUUAAAUAUUCUGAGUAAGUCUGAUUGUUUGUACUUUGGUUGA